AUGGAGUACUCUCCCAUUAAGACUGUGAUCAAUUUGAGUUUUCUCCUCUCAGAUUUACCUGCCUGUCCAGUGGACCUCCAACUGCGAACGUCCAACACCAGUGUUGUUCUGACAUGGACUCGAGGCCCCAACAGUGGCCUGAACCAGACGACACUCCUCUACACCCGCUCUAACGACAGCUCGGCUGAUGAUCUGAUAGGAACUGUCGAUGACGUCACACGUGACACACUAACCUACCCACUACGUCAUCUGGACCCAAACACGACUCAUGUUUUCUCUGUUCACGUGAAAAAUCUUCUCGGUAUUAUAAAAUGUCCAAGUCUUGAUGUCUAUCUGUUAAAUUCAGAUUUAAAAUUGUUGCUGGCUAAAAAUGAAACAUACGCAAAUGUUACAGAAUAUUUUAUUGAUGUGGUUGAUAAUGCUACAGAUGUUGAAAUAUCUGAUAAGGAAACAACAACAGAAACAAUAAUUACAACAACAAUGUUACCAGAACCAAGUUUACUUCAAUAUAUCAUCCCUCCUGUUGCUGUGGCUGUUGUUACUGUUGUUGUUAUUUUAGUUUUAUGGUUUAAAAAAGGUUCCUUCAGAUGUAAACAACCAACAGUGAAGAAACAAAUCGUGACCAGCACACACAUAGCACGUCAACCAAUACCGACCCCACAUGAACAUAACAUUGGGGAUGGGUACCUAGUGGUGCUUGAUUCUAGGGGGGAUUCGAACCAGAACCUACAAACACACGAUCAGCUAGGGAUAGAACCUUGGACAAGCAGGUUCCACCAUUCAGCCAGAAACAGACUGUCAAGUUCCGUCUUAAACACAGCUAGUUUUGAUGUUGGAACUGGCACAUACUACACGACUGUUGAUACUCAGGAGAAAUAUAUUGACAUAAGGGGAAAUAAUACAACACAAUGUAUGCUCGUAGAGUCAGACAUAAACCGUAUUCAUCUAGCUAGCAACGACACAGUUCUAUAUGACCCCUCAGGAAGUUUAUUUAGUCAGUCAGGAUACACACGAGAGAAAUACAUUGACAUACGUACGUGUAAUGCCGGACAACCAACAAACUCGGAGCAACAUGAGAUUAUCUCAGACAACAUUCAUGAUCCAAUAACGGAAGUCAUUACGACGGGGCUAAAUCCAGAUGUGCACGACGCACAUGAGACUAGCCUUUCCAGUAAUGUGUAUGAAACUAUAGACUACACAAAUUCAUUAUGAUCAUUGAGAGAUUGAGUUUGAAACGACUCGCUUGAUGACAGCAGGGAAGUAACUAAACAUGUUUCAUCAGAAAUUACGUCUUGUCAUUUAGUACACACGGGGAAAGACAUAGACAUUAGCAGGUACAAUGCUGGGCGGUUAACAACUUCUUCAAAUAUUCUUUAAACGUCGACUUAAGAUGAUAUUAUCAACAGGUUGGUCAAACGGUCGGUCAAGGCAACAACAAGAUCCACAUUCACGUUUUAGUAACACGCAGUACAAUCUGAAUGUUCGAAUGUAUGUCAUGCCAUAGAAUCCACCUAGAUAUC